UCUCCCAGCUUGUUUCAUCUUUUUGUUAUUUGUUAUUAAUAGUGAAAAUUAAGAUAAGAUAAGGUACUCUUUACAGAGUAAAAACUAGGAGGAAUGACUGUUCUUCCCAUUCUAACAUAAUUCCCCUGGUUUCAUUAUGGUUUCCUUUUCAUCAUUUUAUCAGCUUUUUUCCCCCUUGAUCUUCCCACUUAUCAUCAGUCACUUUGUUUUCAGAUUCUUUACAAUAUAUACCCUUGUUAGCCAAACUCUCUUGCCAUCUGAUUCAUAAGAGAACUUUCUUGUCAUCCAGGAAUUUGGACAUGGAGCUGAAAAUUUUGGGUUAGACAAGGAAGGAACUAUUGAAAAGUUAUGUCAUACCCUUUGCCUCCCAGAGCUUUCUUUCCGCCGGAGCCUUCUUGUGCAUCGGUUCAUUCUGUAUCAGAUGGAAUCAUCAAUGGGCGCAUCAAGGGCACGAAUGUGGAUGCAUUUAGAGAGAGCUUAUCGAGUUCUGUCAGUUCAUCAAGCGAAGGUUCUGGUCAUGGUGACAAUGAUGCUACAGGUGAUGUGUAUAUAUGGGGAGAGGGCAUCGGGGCAAAUCUGGACUAUUGCGUGCCAAAACUAUUAGAAUCUGCAGUCACAUUGGAUGUUCAAUCCAUAUCCUGUGGACGACGCCAUGCCGGUUUAGUAACAAGGCAAGGGCAGGUUUUCACCUGGGGUGAGGAACAUGGAGGACGACUUGGACAUGGUAUAGAUCAUAAUGUCUCACAUCCUAAGCUUUUAGAUGGAAUCAAACACGUCAACAUCGAACUCGUCGCCUGUGGAGAAUACCAUUCUUGUGCAGUAUCUGUUGCAGGUGAUCUGUAUCAUUGGGGAAACAGUGGAUGCAGUACUCUAAAUCACAAAAAUGGGUGUGGUGCUGGAGCUGAAGCAAGUCAAUGGGUGCCUAGAAAGUUGAAGGGAACAAUGGAGGGGAUUCAUGUGUCGUCGGUCUCGUGUGGACCUUGGCACACUGCUGUUGUAACUUCAUCAGGGCAACUGUUCACUUUUGGAGAUGGAACUUUUGGAGUUUUGGGACAUGGCGACCGCGAAACCAUGUCGAUGCCACGGGAAGUGGAGUCUCUGAAGGGCCUCCGCACGAUGCGAGCAGCUUGUGGUGUGUGGCACACUGCUGCAGUUGUGGAGGUAAUCGUUGGAACUUCCAAUACAGACAGUAGUUGUUGUUCGGGAAAGCUGUUGUUCACCUGGGGAGAUGGCGAUAAGGGCCGUCUCGGUCAUGGUGGUAACAUGGAGGCGAAGCUCGUUCCCACCUGCGUUGCUGCUCUUGGCGAAUCGAACUUCUGUCAGGUCGGCUGUGGUCACAGCAUGACUGUUGCAGUAACGACCACCGGGCAUGUUUACACGAUGGGAAGCGUUGCACCUGGUCAGCUAGGGAAUCCUCACGGCGGCAGCAGCAAGGGACCAACUCUUGUAUUGGGGAAGCUUGCAGAUAACUUUGUGGAGGAACUGGCUUGUGGCAGCUUUCAUGUUGCUGUUUUGACUUCAAACGGUGAGGUUUACACAUGGGGGAAAGGUGCAAAUGGAAGGUUGGGUCAUGGUGAUACUGAUGACAGAAAUGCUCCCACGUUGGUUGAAGGUCUGAAAGAUAAACAGGUGAGGAGUGUUGUCUGUGGCACUAGUUUCACCGCCGCGAUAUGUCUUCUUCGCAAGUCGUCGGUAUCUGGUGGUGUUGUCGAUCAAUCGAUGUGCUCUGGCUGUCGCCUGUCGUUCAAUUUCAAGAGGAAACGGCACAACUGCUACAACUGUGGACGGGCCUUCUGUCGUUCUUGCACUAGUAGAAAGUCUCUCAAGGCUGCAAUGGCACCGAAUCCGAACAAAUGGUAUCGAGUCUGUGACCAUUGUUUUGGGAAACUUAGGAAUGCUAUUCAAACUGAGUCAACACGGAAGCUCUUGAGAUGAGAGAAAAUAUGGCUUUGAAACCACAGGCUUUGAAGGAUAUUUUCUCUAGACUUGAGUGUCAAGAAGAAAAAAACCAGAAAAUU